AUGAUGCCACCCCGAGUCUGCAGCAUGUCCAGAAUCAUCAUCCUUGGGCGCAUGUUGCUUUGGGCCGUCACUCUCGGGCUGCACAAGACCUGCUCGUGCUCUUCUGUGGCCUCCACGACAGAAGGUGCGGAUGACUUCCAGGAUCAAACGGUUGAUAUGUCAACAACUGCAGAGUGGGGCCGAACGCCGCUUCAUGAGGCGGCAGAGUUCGGACAGCUAGACAAGCUUCGGGCGAUGCUGGCGGAAGCCAACGGAUCGUCUGUGACACUUGUGACUGCCCCCGACGAGCUCGGCUGGACCCCACUCCAUUGGGCUGCCCUGCAUGGUGAAGAGGAAAUAGCUUCAGAGCUGCUCCGGGCACAAGCUGCCGUUGAUGCUCAGGAGUACGAGUUUGGAUGCCAGCCCUUGGCGUGGGCUGCAAGGCGUGGCCACCUUCGGCUCCUCCGACUUCUCCUGGAUGCUGGUGCCUCGGCAGACUAUGCCGACCGGCAGCAACGCACGGCCGCCGCCUGGGCCAAGCUGACGGGCCACGCUGCAGCGGCGGCGCUUUUGGAAGCUUCCGAGGAAAACUCCGAGGAGACCUCAGAACCGCACAUGACACACAUGUACAGUCGGGCAGAGAGGGACCCGGACGAGGCAGAUGCCAUGAUGGAGGCAGAUGAGGCAUAUGGCAUGACUGCUUUGCACGUUGUCUCUGCGAGCGGCCGUUACUCGGAUGUAGCGAACUGGUUGGGUGCAAGUGAGCCGAGUGCCCUGUCUACUCAGAUGUUUGCGCAAGAUAUAUGGGGACGAACCCCGCUGGUGACAGCUAUUCAGACACGAAAGUCUCCUCCGAAGGCAGCCUUGAAGUUGCUGCAGACAGAGCUCUGUCUAACAACAGAUCAUGAUGGACGUGGCCCCCUACAUUGGGCAGUUCUGGCAGGUGACCUUCGACUCUUCAAGGAGCUGCGUCUGCUGAACCAGUCGCAGGUACCACCGGAUCGCUUCGGCCGGACAUUGGCCCACUAUGCAGCAGGAAACGGGCAUGGCAACAUCCUGACAGAACUGCUCGCAGAUACUGCCGAUGUUGAUCUAGACGCCAAAGAUCGCUCCCAACAAACCCCGUUACACCUUGCCUCGGCAAGGGGCCACACGCACUUGGUGCAACAGCUGCUCGACAGGAAUGCGUCGUGGAACGUGACGGAUCUUCUGUUGCGACGGCCUCUCCACUAUGCAGCCAUGUUCGGGCACCUCGAUGUCAUAAAGCUGCUUAUGAAUGCCGGUGCAGACUACUUUGCAGAGGAUUUGGACGGCGAAACCGUCGAAAGAUUCAUGCGAAGGUUAGAUAUCCGGAUGCAGCGCAUGCAUGCCCGUCAAAAGCGCGAGAAGGAGCAGCUCAAGCGCCGAGUGCGAGGGCGUGUUCGGGAGCACACCGAGGUCAUCAAUGACGCGCAACGUAGCAUAAAAGACAUCGAAGAAGCCAUCACCCAGGUGGAAGGUUGCCAAACGCGGUUGGUCCACAUGCGCUAUGCGAGGUUCGCGGAUCUUAAAGUUUGCGAGAAGCGACUACAGCUCCGAGAGCGCCGGCCGCCCCGCGAGAACUUCCGCGAUGCUGUGGAGGAGGCGCUCGAUCGGGAGCGAGGCGUGCUGGAGCGCUCACGCCAGGAUCUCCUUUCGCUGGAAGCGGAAGCCCAGCAAUUUCUAACAGACUUGCAGGCGAUGCGAGCCGAGCUUUCGCGCGACACGGGAGCUCGCAGGCUUCAGGUGGAGAGCGAAUUGGCACAGAUGCGAAUGGCGACUGGAGCCAGUGUAUCCUUGCCGGAGGUGGACAAGAAGAACACUCAGCCCCACCAGGUGAUUAAGCUCCUCUCCGAAGAAGAGGCCAAGUCUUUAAAGCAGCGCUCGAUUGCGGUGAUUAGGAAAGCGAGAGAGUUGCCCGACCGGGCGGACGUCAUGCUAGCACGCAUUCGGCAGGAAUCGCACCAGUGCACCCACAGAGCUGCCCGCCAGCUGGCCGUGAAGACCCGUGAGCUUGGCGAGUUCAAGAAAAUCCUGGAGGAAAACAUUCGCGGCGUGGCCGCAACCCUUACGCAGGCAAGGAUGGCCCUCUCCAAGGAAGAGGGCCGGCUGGAAACGGUCAUGGGAGACAAAGCUCUGCAGGAAACGCAAGAGCGGGUGAAUGACUUGACCGCUAUGGUGCAGGAGCUGCAGGACAGCCACAAAGGCCUUGUAGAAGAGCUGCGCUGCAAGGUUGCCGCGCUCGACAUCGACAACAGCUGCCGCAGGGUGACUCCACAAGCGGCUGCCGAACCUCCCCAGCAGAAGCUUCAACAGUCGGCAAGUGCGCAGACAGCCCAGCGAUGUGCAGAGCCGGAGACGGUCAGAGAUUGGGCUUCCGUUGCGCAGACCUACCCAGUAUGGCCUUCCAGCUCGUGA